GGGAUGAUACAAAGAAAGUCAACAAGAAGGUAAUAAUAUAGUCAAGAAACUCUCCAAACAAAUCCUCAGCCACAACUCUCAACGCAUGCCACAUGCCUUUCUUGGUUCCUAUCUUUCUUUCACCCAAGUUGAAACACUUCUUCUUGUUGUGGUCCGAGUCCUAGAGCUCAAGACUCAGUUACUCUACUCGAUUUCUCUCUUCAUCCACCAUGGGAGUAGCCAAUAACAUCACAGCAGUUCUAAACUUUGUAGCCUUCCUCUGCUCAAUUCCCAUAAUUGCCUCUGGUAUCUGGCUUGCCUCCAAACCCGACAACGAGUGCAUCCACUACUUCCGUUGGCCUGUCGUCCUGCUUGGAAUCCUCGUUCUCCUUGUCUCCCUUGCAGGCUUUGUUGGUGCUUACUGGUAUAAGGAAACACUCCUCGCAUUUUACCUCUGCUGCAUGGCCAUUCUCAUCGGACUUCUCUUGAUCCUUCUGGUUUUCGCUUUUGUUGUCACGCGCGCAGAUGGUGGGUAUGAUGUCCCUGGAAGGGGUUAUAAAGAGUAUAGGCUUGAAGGAUUCUCUUCUUGGCUCAGAAAUCAUGUGGUGAAUUCUAAGAAUUGGGUCAAGAUUAGGAAUUGUCUGGCAGAGAGUGAUGUUUGUUCUAAGCUGAGUCAGAAUUAUCUCACUGCUGAUCAGUUCUUCAUGUCCCAUAUAUCCCCUCUUCAGUCAGGGUGUUGUAAGCCCCCAACAGUUUGUGGCUACAAUUAUGUGAACCCAACACUGUGGUUAAACCCAGCAAACCCAACAUCAGAUCCAGACUGCUACUUGUGGAACAAUGACCAGAGCCAGCUCUGCUACAAUUGUAAUUCUUGCAAAGCUGGUUUGUUAGGGAAUCUUAGGAAAGAAUGGAGGAAAGCCAAUAUUAUUCUCAUUGUGGCAGUUGUUGUCCUUAUAUGGGUCUAUCUAAUUGCCUGCAGCGCCUUCAAGAAUGCUCAAACAGAAGACCUUUUUCGCAGAUACAAGCAGGGUUGGGCUUGAUCUUGCCAAAAACACCCCCAUUCCUCGCAUUGUUGGGUCUGUGGUUGUCUUGCUCUCUUUGAUAUUUAUCCUGUUGUGUACGUGUCUGUGUCUGUGUCAUUAGUGUAUAUAUCCUUGUUAUCUAGAAUUGUAUGGACUGACAGUGAACACUCGUUGGGGAACCAGUUUUUGAUUACUUGUGAAAAUGAUAAUAGAAUUGGAAUCUCAAUUAUCAGCUUUUCACGAGAA